UCUGACGCCAUCGCCAUUGACGCCUGUGACGCAGAAAUUGUGUGUGUAAAAUUGAGCUGAAGCUGCGCUUAUUUUCGUUGUUUCUGCAGUAGUUAAUUAUAGAUAAUAGCAGGGAGUGCAUCAAAAGUUGCACGGACACAGGGUCCCCAAAGUUGAUGCCCCGAGCAGCGAGUAAACAAACGCUGCCAAUGCGCGAAAUGGCCGAUUUGGAUGCAGUGAAUCUUGGGCUGGACGAGAAUGAGGCGGACAUUGCCGAGGAGCUGCAGGACUUUGAGUUCAACACGCGCAGCGAGGCCUCCGAAUCGAAUGGCGGCGAAUCCUCAGACGACUCGGAGCCGAGCAUCAGUUCGGUCAGCACGGCCCCCUCCUCGCUGGUGGGCAGCGGCAAGCGCAAGACCAAGACCAAGGUCAAGGCGGCUCCACCCCCACCUGUGCCCGAAAAGAAAGCCGAAAAGCCCAGCUCAAAGAAGACGAAGCGCGAGGCCACACCCGAGGACAUGAACGGUGGCAAAAAGAAGAAGCGCACGGGCAGCGAGUCGAAGAAAUCCAACAGUCAAUCGUCCAGUGAGCCACCACUGGCGGUGAAGUCCAAGGCCAAGUCCCCGCCCGUCGAGGAGCGGGAGACGCAGUCGAAGAAGUCAUCGUCACGCAGCAAGAAGACGCCCAAUCCCAGCGAUUCGGGCAACAAGAGCGAGGCGAGCGAUGCGGAGGAUGAGAAGCCAGCCGUGCCGGCUCUGGAGUCGGACAGCGAGUCCUCCGACUCGGAUUCGGGCACACAGCACAAGCGGAACGGUGGCGGCGGGGCGCGUGGCAAGGCCAGCACAGCGGCCAACAGCUCAAAGAACUCCACGCCCGAGAAGGAUGGCAGCGGCUCGCAGUCGCAGAAGGGCUACGACUACAUGACGAAGCUCAACUAUCUGUUCCGGGACACGCGCUUCUUCCUCAUCAAGUCGAACAAUCUGGACAAUGUGCAGCUCUCCAAGAGCAAGAGCGUGUGGGCCACGCUCCCACAGAACGAUGCCAAUCUGAAUCAGGCCUUCAAGGAGGCACGCAACGUCCUGCUCAUCUUCUCCGUCAACGAGAGCGGUAAAUUCGCAGGAUUUGCGAGGAUGGCGGCCCCCUCCAGGCGCGAUAUUCCCCAGGUGGCCUGGGUGCUGCCGCCCAGCAUCUCCCCGAAGGCGCUCGGCGGCGUCAUUGAGCUGGACUGGAUCUGCCGCAAGGAGCUGUCCUUCAACGCCACACUGCACUUGCACAACACAUGGAACGAGGGUAAGCCCGUGAAGAUUGGCCGCGAUGGCCAGGAGAUUGAGCCCAAGAUCGGCGGGGAGCUGUGCCGCCUCUUUCCCGAGGACGAGCAGAUCGAGUUGACGCCCAUACUGAAAAAGUCGAAGGAAACGGCACGCGUGAUGCGGGAGAAGGGCAUGCACGUGAUCUACAAGCCACCCAGGAGUCUGUCCUCGCGCGGCCACGGCGGCAGCGGGCGUGGCGGCUCGGGGUCGGGCCACAAUCAGCUCGGACCCAUGCGCCACAAGAGGAGCUACCACGGACAGCAGCAUCAGCAACAUCGGCCGUACCACCGACAUCCGCAUCACGGCAUGGGCGGCAUGCCCCAGGGCAGCGGCUUCAAGCGCGGAGGCUCACCCUAUCGGCAGAUGGGAGGUGCAGGUGGUGGCGGAGCUCCUGGCGGACCACCCGAGAUGUCGAUGCCCUCGUGGGAGCGCUACAUGUCGUCGGCCGCCGCUGCCGAGGCGUACGUGGCGGACUACAUGCGGAACAUGCACGGCCAGCUGCCGCCCCUGCCCUUUGUGCCGCCGUUCGCCCAGAUGCCACUGCCCGGAACUGCAGGCUCGGCCGGCGCCAUGCCACAGGGCGCUACGCCCGCGAUGUACGAGCAGCUGCCGCCACCGGUGCGAUAUUAUGAUGGCCCAGGAGCACCACCGUUGCCGGAUUACCCGCCGCCGCAGCGACCACCGCCGCCAGGAUUCGACAAGGCGCCCAGCUAUGAGGAGUUUGCCGCCUGGAAGAACGCCGGCUUGCCCACGGUGCCGCCGCCAGGGUUCCCCGUCUAUGGCGGCAGUGCUGCCAAUGGCGGGAGCAAUGGGGCGGCGCUGGGAGCACCGGUGCCUGGUGUGGGUGGAGCUGCUGGUGGCGUGGGAGGAGGACCGGGAUAUCGCAAUCGGGACAACAAUGGUGCCGCGGGUGGCGGUCGUCGUCGGGAGUACGGGAAUCGCAGUGGAUCCUCGCGAGACUCGCGUUCGUUUCGUGGCGAUCGCGGCGGCGGUGGCCAGCGAAGCUAUCGGGACAACAGGCGUUAGAUUAUCGAUUGCUAAGACCGGUACGACCCGGCAAAAAGUGAAAGAAUUGUGUGCUCUCGCGUGUGUGAAAAUGAGAAAUAAUUUGCUAAUUGUAGGGGCGAUGCGAUCGUUUAAAAGAUCUAAAAAUGAAAA